UUUUGGUGCUGCAGCAAUCGCACCAGUGCAACUUUACUGCAUUCCAUAUUAUCCCAUCAUAAACAUAAUUGCACUGUGUUCUUACUCAUCCUGCCUGCCCUCAGCGCGCUGUCGUCCAUCAUUUAUUUAUCAGUUCUUAUCGUCACCAUCGUCCAGUUGACCUAGACAGUGUUUUGCGAUUGCUGCUGCGUUCGCAGUUUUUGUUCGUCAUUAUCAGUGAUGCUUUUGUUGAUAAGUGCUUAGAAGAAAGCGACGUGGUCCGUCCUGGGAGGAGUGAUAGUGGAACAAUAAUAUCAUUCGCGUGCAUGUUUUGCGAGGAAGUAGUGCGCUAAGUGCGAUGGAUUACGCAACGAGCACUACCCGCAGGCCGCUGCUUCAAGAGGAAGAGGAAGACGAUAGUGAAGCGACUUUCGUGGACGAAAGUAUCUACGCGGGAUCGAUCAACACUGGAUCGAUAAAUAACAUUCCAACGACGGCAACCGUGGGAACCCGUAGCGGGACACGGAACCGUCGCCUGGAGGAUGGCAAUCUCCGGAUAGCACCGGUCGACAGGUACAAUUUUACCUAUGCAGUAUUCUAUCUACUUGGGAUGACGACCCUACUGCCGUGGAACUUUUUCGUCACCGCUGAAGAAUACUGGCACUACAAAUUUCGUAACAUAUCGAGCAACGACACGAGUGUGCUGACGCCUCGCCAGCUGGAAUUCCAGUCUGAUCUCAGCAUAGCGGCCUCAGUGCCAAGUACAUUGUUCCUCUUGUUGAAUGCAGGCUUCGGGCACUACAUUUCACUGCGGAUACGAAUGGCCGGAUCCCUAGUUAUGAUGUUUUUGAUUUUCAUUGGAACGACGGCUCUGGCGCAAGUCGACACCGACCAGUGGCAGGAUGCAUUCUUUCUUAUCACCCUUACAUCGGUCGUUGUUGUCAAUGCCUUCUCUGCCACCAUGUCCGGUACCCUUUUCGGUAUAGCGGGUCAAUUCUCGUCCGACUACAUGUCUGCCGUUGUAAGUGGCCAAGCGCUUGGUGGAAUCUUCGCCGCGUCCGCCGCAAUAAUUGCCCUAACCUUCGGUGCCGCUCCAACCAUUACGGCGUUUGUUUUCUUCAUCGUUGGAACACUGGUGCUGCUCUGCUCUCUAAUCCUGUACGUUGUGAUGUCAAAAACUCUCUUCUUCAAGUACUACACCUCGCCUCGAACUUUGAUGAAAAGCUCACUUGAUGUGGAUGAGGUGACUCGAGAACUCCUUCCACGGCAAGACCCCACAUUCCUCGGAGUGCUUCGAAAAAUUUGGCUGUUUGGAUUUUCCGAGUGGCUGGUCUUCGUAACCACGUUGUCGAUUUAUCCGGCAGUUACGAUACUGGUAGGAUCACAAUCUCAAGGUCAUGCUUGGAACGAUGUGUACUUCUUACCUGUCAUCAACUAUCUCCUAUUCAAUACGGGAGACUACAUCGGUAGGGUUUGUGCCGGGUCAUUAGAAUGGCUCUCAACUAGCCCAUUCCUGCUGAGCGUCGCAACCAUCAGUCGAAUAGCAUUCGUUCCGGUCAUGCUACUGUGCAAUAUUCGGCCACACCACAGCUUUCCGGUAAUGAUCCAUUCGGACUACAUCUUCAUCGCUCUGAUGGCCGGUUUCUCUCUGUCUAAUGGAUACAUUGCCAACAUCGCUCUGAUCGGAGCACCGAAACUAGUCGACCAAGCGGAAAAAGAGAUGGCCUCCUCGAUGAUGGCUGCCUUCCUGGGAGUGGGACUGGCAUGCGGAUCCACAAUCAGUUUCAUGAUCAUUGAAAUGAUCAAGUGAGUCCGCAACAUUUCGAAACAGAGCUUUUACUUUACAGAGCAGUAGGACGCGAUUCGAGGGUAAGUCCAAACACUGACAGAUCUGCGAUAUUCGUGUUAAGAUGUAUUGUUACCCUGUGGGAAAGAAUCUUCUGACCAAACAAACACUUAAUUUUUAGAUAGGAAAUGUAGCUGAUACUUUGUAUGAUAUUAUAUGCCAGGAAAGGUUAAUGUUUUAAUGAUAGAAUUAUUAUCAUAUUUAUUAUAGUAGCGAAGUCAAUCAGACGACACUGUCUACAAGUAUAUGCAUCAUAAUUUACAAUAGCAAUAUAUGUCCGUGACAAGAA